AUGCCGCCGCGAAACACCGCGUUGCGGCGCGACGGCCGCAGUCCCGAGGCGGCGUCGCAGCAGGAGACGUCCACCACAGUCGCCAUCCGCCUCCGACCCUUGAACGACAGGGAGAAGGAAGGGGGUCAGAACAAGAUAUGGCGAUGCGUGCCUACUCACAACUCCGUUACCCAGACGUCGCCUGAGGGCAACCCGCUUCCGGACGGCAAGGGGACUUUCUUCACGUACGACCGGAUCUUCGACGAGGACAGCUCGACGCAGGCCGUGUACGACGGGGUCGCCAGGGAGAUCGUGCACUCCGUGUCCCGUGGCAUGAACGGCACCAUCUUCGCCUACGGUCAGACGUCCUCGGGCAAGACCUUCACCAUGCAGGCACGGGGUGACGCGGCGUGUUGGGGAGGAGGCAGCGAGGCCAACCCGGGCAUCGUGCAGAUCGCCACGCGAGACCUGUUCCGCCUGAUCCAGGAGAAGACCGACCGCAUGUUCCUCAUGCGCGUGUCGUAUCUCGAGAUCUACCAAGAGGAGAUUAGGGAUCUACUCAACCCCGAAAACACCAACAUGCAGGUUCGUGAAGACCCUAGGAAGGGUAUUUACAUCGACGCCUACGAGGAGACGGUGGGGGACUUCGAGACGGUGCUCAAGAUCCUGAGGGUCGGUGAAAAGCAGCGCCACGUCGGGUGCACGGAGAUGAACAGCCGGUCCAGCCGCUCGCACACCAUCUUCCGCCUCGUCGUGGAGAGCCAGCAGAUGUUCGAUGAGAAGGUGCACACCUCCCAAGAGGAGGUGGACCCGUCCACCCUCGUCGCUACCCUUAACCUGGUCGACCUCGCCGGGUCGGAGAGCGUGCGGCACACCGGCGCGACGGGGACUCGUCAGAAGGAGGGCGGGAUGAUCAACCAGAGCCUGCUGACGCUGAGCCGCGUGAUCCAAACUCUGACCCAGCCGGGGCACUCGCACGUGAACUACCGCGACAGCAAGCUGACGCGCAUCCUGCAGCCGAGCCUGUCCGGGAACGCCCGCAUGGCCAUCAUCUGCUGCGCGACGGCCGCCGAGGGUUUCCUCGAGGAGACCCGCAGCACUCUGCAGUUCGCCUCCCGCGCCAAGGAGAUCAAGACCCGGGCCAUCGUCAACGAGAUCGUGGACGACAAGACCCAGAUCCGCCGCAUGGCGCAGGAGCUGGCCGCGCUGAAGCGGAAGCACGCCGAGCAGCAAGGCGGCGCCGCCGCCGGCGGCGAGCUGGUGGAAGCGCUCCAGCAGGAGAAGGCAGAACAAGCCGAAAAGAUCGACCGCCUCAAGCGGCUGCUUCUUAACAUCGCCCCGGCCGUGGCGGACGAGGACGGCGAGCCGCUCCACCUGCACCUAGACGUCUCCCCGAGGUUCCGCCGCGGGAAGCGCUCGCGCGAGACGUGGUGUCCCGGAGACACCGCUAGCACCGUCACCGCCUCCCGCCCCCUGCGCCUGCGGAGCCCAAACCUGGGUGACUUGGACGGGGAGGAGGAGCACCGGCCGAAGCGUAGGUCCAGCGAGGCGGCGGGGGGGACUGCUACCGGGAAUAUGACGUCGGGGGAGGGGCGCAGCCAGCCUGCUGCUGCUGCUGCUGCUGCUGCUGCUGCUGCUGCUGCUGUCGCGGUUGCGCCUUCGGGUGAUAUGGAAGCGAUGGCGACCAAGCUGGAAGAGGCCCUGGCGGCGAAGAAGGAGACCGACGAGGAGAUGAAGGAAUUCGUGGCGUACACGGAGGACGUCGAACGCGCGCUGGCUUCCACGAAAGCCCUUCUCGCCCAGGAGGUCGAAGCUACGGAGAAGGCUGCCGGCGACGUCGCGGCCGCCACGGCCGCAGCCGAAGCCGCCGCUGCUCGUGAGCAGGAGUCGACCGCCGCGCUGGAGGAGCGCAUCGCCGCCCUGGAGGCCGACAAGGCCGAACUCGAGCAGCAGGAGGCAGUGCUGCGCGCGGAGAACGAGGAGGCGGUCGCUAUUAUGGCCGAGAACCAGCCCCGCCAGCCCGUGGUAGCGGACGCCGACGUUCAGACCGAAGCUCCCGAUUCCGAAGACGGGGCCGCCGAAGGUGCUCCCGCCUCUGGCCGGAGCGUGGCGGAUGUCGAGGUCGCUGAGCGCAAGGUUGCUCUAGCCGGCCUGCAGAAGCGCGUGGACGAGCUGGAAGCGAGUCUUGCGGAGGCAAGAAGAGAGCAGCGGGAGCAGGACGUCUUUAACCGGGAGGACAAGCAGAAGGCGGACAAGACGCUGAUCGAGGCCCUGGCGGCGCAGCGGCGGGCGGAGAACGCGUUCAGCGCCGCCUGCCAGUCGGAGCUUGAAAUGCGGUGCCGGCUCGAGAACGCCGUGCAACAGGUGCAGGAGGCGGAAGAGGCCCGCGACGCGAUGUCCGCCAAGGCCGAGGGAGAGUCUGCCUCAGUCGGCAAGGAGCGGGAGAAGGUCCGAGUCCUGGAAGACCGUGUGGCUGAGACCGAGACUCGCCUGAGGCAAGCCAAGACCGCGGCCGAGGAAAAAGCGCAGCGCGAGGUCCUCGCCUCCAAGGAAAAGGAUGAGACCAUCGGGAAACUUAGCGCCCUCGUUGACAGCCUGAGGGCAGACGUAGACAGGAAGGCGGUCGAAGACAGGGCCAAGGAAGACGGCGACGCGGCGCGCGUCCAGCAGCAGCAGGAGCAGCUGCUGUCGGACAAGAACAAGGCGGAGGAAGAAGCUGCGGCGGCACGCGCCGAGAACGAGGCCCUGUGCGCCAAGAUCGACGAGUUGUCCGGUCAGGUGUCGUCCGGUGCUGCUGAAGCGGAGGCCCGCGAGGAGCUGGCGGCGGCGAAAGAAGCUGCGGCGGCGGCGGAGUCCAAAGCAAGCGAGGACAUGGCACGCGUUGUAGAGGAGGCCGUGGCCUCGGCCGAACAGCUGGAACUUCUUCGGUCUGAGCUGGAAACAAAGACCGAGGCGGCCGCGGAAUUCGCCCAGACGAUCGAGUCUCUCGAGUCUCAGCUUAGGGCCGUCCAAGACUCGGCAUCGGAGCGGGAGGCAGCGGACGCUGCUCGCAUCGCUGACGCAGAGAGCCAGGCGGAGGAAGCCGCCGGCCGUCUGCUGGCGGCGAACGAAGCCGCCGCUGCAGAAAAGGAAGGCACCGCGGAGUCGGCCAAGUUGCUAGCCGAGGUGGAGAGCGAGCUCAAGGCGGCGAACGAGCUGUUGGCGACGGUGCAGGAUGCCAUGGCUGAGAAGGAGGCUGCUGCCGCCGCCCGUAUCGCCGAGUUGGAGGCCGAGCUGGCCUCGACUGCCGGGUCCCUGGCCUCCACCCAGGCCGCCGCCGGGGAGAGGGAGACCGCGGCGUCCGAGCGUAUCGCUGAAGUGGAGAGCGAGCUGUCCGCUGCCAACGAGCUGCUGGCCUCCGCGCCGUCCGCUGCCCGAGUGGAGCAGCUGGAGAACGAGCUCAAGGAGGCCACGGAGUCCUUCGGGGUUCAGUUGGCGGCCGCCCGGGAAGGGGAAGCGGAGGCCGUGUCGAAGCAGGUGGCGCUGGGUGUCGAGCGUGUCGCCCAGGUCGAGGCCCAGCUUAAGGCCGCGACGGACAGGCUCGGAGAAGUGUUGUCGACCGCCGAGGAAGCGGAGGCUCUGCGCGAGACGGUGGCGGCUGAGCGUGAGGAGACGACUGCCGCGGCCGCUAAGCACGACGACGAGAUGGAUGAGGCCCGGAGAGAGCUCGACAGGGUCAAGGCUCUGCUUGAGGCGAAGGCUGAUGAAGUCGAGCAGCAGAAGGCCUCGGACGAGCUCCACCAGGCGCGGGAGGCGGCCGCUGCCGCGGAAGCGGUGGUUGCCGAGAGGGAGGCCACGAUCGCCUCUAUGAAGGAAACCCUGCGGGCAGGGGAGGGAGAGCUGGCGCAAGCCCUCGAGGAGUCGGAGAACCUGUCCAAGGAGGUUCUCGAACUCACCGAACAGCUCAUGGCCAAGGGCGCCAGCCUUGCCGAGCUGCACGAACAGCUGGAGGCUCGCGAAUCUGAACUGGCUGCGUUGCGGGCAUCGCCCCCGGCCACCUCGAACGCCGCUGGCGAUGGGUUCGACGGGGAAGCGACCGAGGCCAGCGCGGAGCUCCGCCGGCUGCGGGUGGACCUGGACAAAAAGGGCAGCGAGCUCGACACGACGAUGAAGGAGUGCGAGACCGUGCGCGCGGAGCUCAAGGAGGUGAAGGGGAUGCUCGGCGCCGCGGCAAGCGCCGCCGGCGCCGCCGGCGCCGACGAGGAAUCCCUCCGCAAGCGCGUGUCCCAGCUCAUGUGUGAGAACGGGCUCCUGAGGGGGGAGAAGGACCGUCAGGAAGUCCUUGCCGCCGAGGCGAAGAACGAGGCCAAGUCCAACACGUCUCGCUCCGUGGCGGAGGUGGAGAGAUUGGAGCGGGAGGUGGACCGGUUGUCUGGGGUCGUCGCCAGCAAGGCCGAUGGAGUCGCGGCGGAGGGGGACCGAGCGAAGGCAGCGCUUUCGGCGAUGGAGGCCAAGCUCUCGGAGCUUCGCCAGGAGCGCGCGGAGCUUCAGGAGGCGACGCAGAGGUCGCUAGACCGUUGCUCGGAGGCCGAGGGCGAGGUCGAGACCCUGAGGAACCGUUUGGCCGAGGUGGAAGGUCGUGACGCUAGCCGUCACCUGGUGGUGGCUCUCGAAACCAAGGUGGACGACCUGGAGCAGGUUGUGUUUUACUGCACCCUUGUUGCGUGGACGUCUCGCAACUUCCCGUUCUUGUACUGCCGUCCCCAGGAAGUGCGCCGUACCGCCGCCUCUAAGGCUGAGGUAGAGGGGGACGCCCGCGAGCAUGCCAACAGGGUUAAGCGUCUGCAGGGAGAGGUGGAGAUGAUACGGUCGGAAUACGAGGUUGUUUCGGAGGAGGUGGCCGACCUUCGCGUCGCAGAGGCGAAGCUUAAGGAAGCCCUGGAACUCCAGCAGGCGACGACGGCAGACGGUUCCGAGGACCGUUGCAACGAGCUGGAGGCCGAGGUCGCCCGCCUGCGUGAGGAGCUGUCCGAGCUGAAGAAUGCCCACCUCGAAGCCCUCAGCGCGGAGGAAGAGAAGCGCUGUGCGAUACAGGCGACGCACGGCGAGUUGGUCGCUGCCCUCGAGAAGACGGUGUCCGAGCUUCAGGAGGCGAACUAUUCCUCCGCCACCGCUCUGGAGAAGAAGGUCUCCGAGUUGAAAGCGGAGCGCGAUGAAGCCGAGAAAACCGUGUCCGAUCUGCGGGCGAAGCACGACGAGACCGUCGCCACUCUGCAAAGGGAGGUUUCGGAGCUGCAUGUGGCUAAGGAUUCCGCCGCCACUCUCGAGAAGACCGUAUCCGACCUGCGGGCGGAGCACGGCGAAACCCUGACCGCGCUUGAAGAGAAGGUUUCGGAACUGCAGCAGGCGGAAUCCACUGCCGCCGCCGCGCUGGAGAAGACAGUGUCCAAGCUUCGAGCGGAGCACGUCAAAACCGUGACCGCGCUCGAAGAGAAGGUUUCGGAGCUGCAGGCGGCAAGCGAGGCGUCGGCAGCCACUGUCGGUCGAACCACCGCCGAGCUGCGAGCCGAGCGCGACAAAACCGUCUCCGCCCUCGAGAAGGCCGUGUCCGAGCUGCAGGAGGCGAAAGAUUCUACCGCUGCCGCUCUCGAGGAAGCAGUCUCGGAAAUGCAAGCAGAGCACGGCGAAACCGUCACCGCGCUCGAGGAAAAAAUUUCGGAGCUGCAGGCGGCGAGCGAGGCGUCCGCGGCCGCUCUCGACCAAACGACCGCCGAGCUACGAGCCGAGCAUGACGAAACCGUGGCCGCCCUCAAGCAAACCGUGUCGGAGUUGCUGGAGGCGGAAUCCACCGCCGCCGUCACGCUAGAGAAGACAAUGUCCGACCUGCGGGCAGAGCAUGGCGAAACCGUCACCGCGCUCGAAGAGAAGGUUUCGGAACUGCAGGCGGCGAAAGACUCCUCCGUGAUCGCUCUCGACCAAACCACCGCCGAGCUGCGAGCCGAGCACGAUGAAACCGUCGCCGCCCUCGAGAAAGCAGUCUUGGAAAUGCAAGCGGAGCACGGCGAAACAGUCACCGCGCUCGAAGAGAAAAUUUCGGAGCUGCAGGCGGCGAGAGACUCCUCCGUGAUCGCGCUCGGCCAAACCACCGCCGAACUGCGAGCCGAACACGACGAAACCGUCGCCGCCCUCGAGAAGACCGUGUACGAGCUACAGCAAGCGAAAUCCACCGCCGCCACCGCGCUGGAGAAGAAAAUGUCUGAGCUGCGAGCAGAGCACGGCGAAACCGUCACCGCACUCGAAGAGAAGGUUUCGGAGCUGCAGGCGGUGAGCGAGGCGUCUGCAGCCGCUCUCAGCCAAACGACCGCCGAGCUGCGAGCUGAGCACGACGAAACCGUCGCCGCCCUCGAGAAGACCGUGUCGGAGCUGCAAGAGGCAAAAGAUUCCGCCGCAGCCACUUUCGAGAAGACAAUAUCAGAACUGCAGGCGGAACAUGACCAAGCCGUCGCCGCGCUCGAGGAGAAGGUUUCGGAGUCUCUGGAGCUGGCCGAGCAGGUCGGGGCCGACCAAGACGUUACCCUCGCGGCGCUCCGGGCCCAGAUGGCUGCCUCCCACGCCGAAGAGAUCGCGGAGCUGAGGGCGCAGCUGUCGGAAGCCGAGCGGGGCGUCGAGGCGAUGGAGGCUGCCUCCAAAGAGCUGUCGAAGGAGUGCGAGGCGCGCUCGGCAGAGGUCGAGAGUGUCAGGAAGAGCGCGGCGGAGGUCGCCGAGGAGCUCGACGUUGCGCGUGGGCGCAAGGAGGACCUGGAGCGAGAGCUCGCGGACAAUGUUGCGGCGGGCAAGGCUACCGAACAGCAGCUCCGCCACCGCCUCACCUCCCAGGUGGCCGAGGCGGAAAACCUUCGCCAGGAGCUGAUGGACACCCGCGAGAGGUCCGACCGCGCGGAAGCCGCAGUGCGUGCGUCCGACCAGCGCGCUAGGGAGAGCGCCGACGAGAAGACUAAGGGGUUGCUGGCCGAGAUGGAAAACCUCUGCCAGGAGAAGCUGAUCGCCGAGAAUAAAGCUGGAGAGAUGGAGGCUGAGCUCAGCCGACUGCGAGAAGCGGUGGCCACAGCUGAGCAGACAGCGGCUAAGGACCAGGGCAUGCUCAUUCGUGCGGCGGAGGAACGCAUGGCCGUCCUCGACCAGGCCGCCCAGGAUAAGGACAUCGCUAUCGCCAAGCUCCAGGCGUCCCUGGAUGCUGCUCGCGCCUCGGCGGCAGCGGAGUCGGCUUCGAGCUCGGCGGCCGAUGCAGAGGAGGCGACGGCCGCCCUCAACGACAAGGUGGCCGCCCUCACGGCCGCCACGGACGAGCAAAAGGAGACUAUCGCGAGGCAGGACGCCCGCAUCAAGAAGCUCGAGCAGGUGCGGCUGACGAACGGUCAGGUGGAGAAGCUCCAGGCGAUGAAGGCCUCGGCCAGGAGGACCGCCGCGGAGAACACGGAGCUCAAGCAGCGGCUCUCGGUCCUCAAGGAGCGCCUGGAGGCCACCGUCGAAGGCGGCGGCAGAUGCGGCGAUGCGUCGUCGGGGGACGGGGAAGCCGCUACCGUCACCGCCGCCCUCGCGGCCGCCGCCGACCGCAACGCGGAGCUGCAGGUCGCCAAGGACACCCUUGUUGAGAAGCUCAAGGGGUACGGCAAGCGAGUCUACGAGCUUGAGAAGCAGCACACGCGGGUGCGCGCGGCGGUGGCGGAGCUCGGGGGCUCCGUGCCUGAAGGGGGGGACCUGGGGGACGCCGUCCUGGAGUGCGCCGGGCGAUUCGCGGGGCGAGGCGGUGACAUGUCGAUGAUGAGCACGGGGUCCCACGAUGAGGCGGCGGCGGCGGCGGCGGUGGAGGAGCUCCAGCGCGAGCUGCGGGAGGUCCGCGAGGCGCUGCGGGUCGAGGAGGCCGGCCGGGCGCGCCUGAAGGAGCAGAUGCUGGCCGGGGUGGCCAAGUUCAGGGCGCUCGAGGCUCAGGAGAAGUCGACACGGGAGCGGCUGGAGGAGGCGGCGGCGGGGCAGAGGGGCGCCGUGAGCGCCGCGCUCAAGAUCAAGGAGAAGGACCACGAGCGCGAGCUCAAGUUCCUUAAGGAGGAGAACGUGCAGCUGUUCAAGGAGAUCGGCGAAUGGAAGGUCAAGACCGACAAGCUUACUGCCGAGCUCGAGACCCUCCAGGAGAAGCUCGCCGCCGCCCAGACAGCGCAGCAAGCAUCCCCCUCCAUGAGCAAGAAGCGGGCCCUCGGCGACCGGACCAACAACACUCCCGCCAAGGCAACGGCAACGGCGGCGGUUACCGGUAAGCUGGGGUCCGCCGCCAGCACCACCGCGGGGGGCGUGCAGCCGGCCGCCGCCGCCGAGCGCCGCGCGGCAUCCCGCGCCUUGCUCGACGGGGAAGGGCCAAUCAACGACGAGGGGGCGGGGGAGUGCAACCAGUCCUGAGUCCGUUGCUCCGCCAGGUGGAGGGGGGCGUUGAGAUUUAAUUUGUUGCGUCUGAUACCGACACGGAGCAAGCACACAGUACCCGGCAGAAGCACCGACCGGCCUCUGAUAGGUUGUUGGGCGUAAACAUUGUAUUUGUUGCUGCUGUGUCUACACGACACACGGCGGAAGCACCGGUUUCUGCUGUUACAGGGUGGCAGCGUUCUUCUUGUUGCACAGGCAGGGUGCGGGGGAGGGGGGUAAAACGCUCAAAAAGAAUGCACGCCCCUACUAGUGCUAGGCUGACGUUCUCGUACCACACGGCAGUCAGGACGGUUCGCGCUGGGUCUUACGGGGUGCGGAGUUUUCACAUAAACUCUUUCCGAGAUAUUGAAACGAGUCAGCUUGACCUAAUCGUACCUAAAGAGAGGUAAACCGGCGGGUAUGUGGCAGUACGUCGACAAUCGCCCCCAUGGAACACCCGUGGUGGGGAUUGAAAAGGGCAAGGUUUGGAGGAAGAAUUGGAAAGGAUCAGGGGUUGUUCAUCAAGACUAAUUUAUGACAUUUACGGGCUUGUUGUAGGACCCCCCAUUUGCUUGGUGUCUUCUUCGGCAAAUCUCAACCCGUUGUACGAUAGGUAACAUGUUCUGCAGUCGUUGUUUUAUGCUUGUUAUUUCUCUUGUGUUUUUUUAUUGCGUCGUAAGACCUGGAUACGGCUAUGGUGCACGUCCAGUAGGGCCAAUGGAGAUGUUCAGGUUUCUUUUGCGAGGGUCAGGUGCGUAGCUAGUCCAUGGGUGUUUCUUGUCUUUGUCGUGCACUAACGAUCUACACGGCAGUCAGCAAUUUCAUGAUCACACGCAAUCGUUAUCGUGGGCAGUGUUGAACGGGGGUUAAUUAAUACAUACCAUGCUCUAGACUAACCGGGGGGUAUGAGUGAUGCGGCAGACAGUUGAUGGUGGCGUAGGUUCGUGUACAAGUAUUAAAGAUGGGGGGUUGGUUGCAAGGUGUUAAAUGGGUUGGGUCACCUUGGAGGAGGCUCCGGCGAAUGGCACAAUAGCCCACGGUUGGCUGCAUUC